AUGGAAACUGAAAAUAGUUCUAUUGCUAUGAGACCAGCAAAAGAUGAACCCGCACAAGUUUUUGUUGGGGAAGGCGCUCCACUCCUAGGAGGUUCUUCUGAUGACUAUGGUCAAUAUAAAGGACCAUUACUUUUUAUUGCCUCUUUUAUACAUCUCAUCGGAAACACAGCUGUUGUGGUUGGGGAUUAUUCGGCCAUAUCUUUGAUUAUACUCGCCAGUUCAUACAGUAUCGCCUUUCUGUUAUACGCAUUAUACGUUUAUAAGGCGCAGAAAUGCCGUGAAACCUACGUUGGCGUGCGGAUAACUGUUUAUGAUUUCACCUUGAUUCUUCUAUGGAGUAUUUCAGCUGGUCUUAUUCCCGUUCUGAUAGG